CGGGAGCUGCCAGUGCGCCGCGCUGCCAGUCCGUCCGCCUGCCCUCUCCUCUUGGCGCGGCGGCGGGGAGGCGAGGAAUCUGACGACUAUCCUAGUUGUUUGGAACACUGUAUGACACUACAUCAUGAGUGACAGUAAAUGUGAUAGUCAGUUUUACAGUGUGCAAGUGGCAGACUCAACGUUCACUGUCUUAAAACGCUACCAACAGUUAAAACCAAUUGGCUCUGGGGCUCAAGGAAUUGUUUGUGCUGCUUUUGAUACAGUUCUUGGGAUAAAUGUUGCAGUCAAGAAACUAAGCCGUCCUUUUCAGAAUCAAACCCAUGCAAAGAGAGCUUAUCGUGAACUUGUUCUCUUAAAAUGUGUCAAUCAUAAAAAUAUAAUUAGUUUGUUAAAUGUGUUUACACCACAAAAAACUCUAGAAGAAUUUCAAGAUGUGUAUUUGGUCAUGGAAUUAAUGGAUGCUAACUUAUGUCAGGUUAUUCAUAUGGAGUUGGACCAUGAAAGAAUGUCAUACCUUCUUUACCAGAUGCUUUGUGGUAUUAAACAUCUGCAUUCAGCUGGUAUAAUUCAUAGAGAUUUGAAGCCUAGCAACAUCGUAGUAAAAUCAGACUGCACCCUUAAGAUCCUUGAUUUUGGUCUGGCCCGGACAGCAUGCACUAACUUCAUGAUGACCCCCUAUGUGGUAACAAGGUAUUACCGAGCCCCCGAAGUCAUCCUGGGCAUGGGAUACAAAGAGAAUGUGGACAUCUGGUCUGUCGGGUGCAUCAUGGCAGAAAUGGUCCUCCAUAAAGUCCUGUUCCCGGGAAGAGACUAUUGCUGCAAACUGAAGAUUAAAAAUAGAGUUGAUAUCUGGUCAGUGGGUUGCAUCAUGGGAGAACUGGUGAAAGGUUGUGUGAUAUUCCAAGGCACUGAUCAUAUUGAUCAAUGGAAUAAAGUUAUUGAGCAGCUAGGAACACCAUCAGCAGAUUUCAUGAAGAAACUUCAGCCAACUGUGAGGAAUUAUGUGGAAAACAGACCAAAGUAUCCUGGAGUCAAAUUUGAAGAACUUUUUCCAGAUUGGAUAUUCCCAUCAGAAUCUGAACGAGAUAAAAUAAAAACAAGUCAAGCCAGAGAUUUGUUGUCAAAAAUGUUAGUGAUCGAUCCCGAUAAGCGAAUCUCUGUAGAUGAAGCUUUACGUCACCCGUAUAUCACUGUGUGGUAUGACCCUACUGAGGCAGAAGCACCACCACCGCAAAUUUAUGAUGCUCAGUUGGAAGAAAGAGAACAUGCAAUAGAAGAAUGGAAAGAGCUGAUUUACAAAGAAGUAAUGGAUUGGGAAGAAAGAAGCAAGAAUGGCGUUGUAAAAGAUCAGCCUUCAGAUGCAGCAGUAAGUAGCAACGCUACUCCUUCUCAGUCAUCAUCUAUCAACGACAUUUCAUCCAUGUCCACUGAGCAGACACUGGCCUCAGAUACCGACAGCAGCCUCGAUGCCUCAACAGGACCCCUGGAAGGUUGUCGAUGAUAAGUCAGAAAUAGCAGACUUAUCGUCAGUGAAGGAACUCUCACUUCCAUGGGCCUGCAAUGCUUCGGAGUUGAUGGAACCAAAUAGAGGAGCUCCAUGUUCUGCAUGUAAGAAACACAAUGCCUUUCCCUUACUCAGUUCUACUAGAUUGCCUGCUUAGAUUAUAAAACGAAGCAGAUUAUGUCUGAAGAAAAAAAGUACAAGCCACAGUUUUAGACAUUUUGUUCAAGAUCAUUUCAGGUGAGCAAUUAGAAUAGAUUAAUUCUUUUACAGUUGUUUGGUGAUAGUAGUGACAAUUUCUCAUCAUCAGUAUCUGUUGGGACUUACAUGCAUGUGACCACAAAUGCUUGCUUGAUCUUGCCCAUCUAGCACUUUGGAAAUCGGUAUUUAAAUGCCAAAUAAUCUUCCAGGUAGUGCUCCUUCUAGACUUAUCUCUUCAUCAUCUUAAAUAAUUUGAUGUCUGUCCAGAAAAAAUAGAUUUGUGUGUAUUAAUUGGCCAUCAUCAUAUUAUCUUACCCUCUUUUAUGGUGUAAUCAUUUCCUCUCUUUUGUAUUUCAGACAAAAAGGAAUAUCUAUUCAAUAAAUAAAAAUAUAACUUUUCUUUAAUUUGUGAUGUUUGGGCUGAGAAUUAUCACUGCUAAAACCAAGACACAUAUAUGUACUCUUUUUUUUCCCUCUAGAUUGUCUUGAUUUGGGAUGAUUUGUAAAUUCAGCUUUACCGCAUGAUAAAAUUUUAAGUUUUGUACUGCUGAAGACAUGUACACAUUUAAAAUCCUAUCUACUUUACCUUCUUUAUUAGGCACAUAACACUCCAUCUCAAUAAUAUGAUGGCAAAUAGAUUCUUGAAUCCUAGAGUAGAAUUUUGCAAAAUAACCACUGCAGAUGAUCGCAGCCAUUUGCUAAGUGCUGACUCUGAGACAGAGACUGGACUGGGUCCUUUACUUACCUUACAUCAUUUAAGGCAAAAUACAUGAGUGGACAAGGCAGCAUUUCCCUUUUCUAACACAGCAUCAUGACUCAGUUUUAUUUCUCUUCUGAGAGAAACCAGGUUAGAUAUAAAUUCCCUUUUAGUCCAUUUUAGGAAGCAAGGCUGAUUUGGAAUGCUUGUUUGUCCUUGUUUCCCAUUUGUGGAGGCAUUUCCUGUCCCUAAGGGAAAGCUGUGAGUGGUCUAGGAAAAUUCUUCAGAGGGAGAGGGACGAAGGACCCUGAAGAGUAGUGGUUAACCGUGGACUGUUUUAUGAUUUAAAACUGCUCACCUGAAAUUGAUACUUUCAGACUUUUUGAUAUGUAAAUUAUUUACAAGUCAUGAAGAUACUGAGUAUUUAAAUGUCAUUGCAGAAAUGGAGUUACAGUGAUCACAUUUCAGCUACGUGUGCUUAUGUUUUUCCUUUGAUCUUGCUUUGUUACCGAUUCAUAUCUUGUGUUUAAUUAUUUUGGACACUAUUUGUUCAACAUUCUGUAGAAUGUAUUCUGAGGAGGAAUUUUGAUAAGAAAGUUUAUUGUAAAUGUUAUCUAAAAUAUAUGAUUCUCUCUGUACCAGUUGUAUCUUAUCGGUUGGUUUUGUCACUGGAAGCUAGAAUCCUUGAUAAACAAAAUUAAUAUUGAAAUGAGAAAUAGUUUUAUAUUGUACCAUUAGACACGUUCUAGUAAAAAAUGGAAAUACUAACUUGGAUUGAGGCAGAAACGCCUCUUAGGUGGUUUGGGAUUAUUUUGGCCUUGGUGGCCUGAUGGUAUAAUUAAGGAAGAUAUCACUAUGCAUAUAUAAACAUCUUAGAAUGGCCUUCUUUCUAGCAUAUUUUCUUUUAAAAGACUUUACUAAAUCUGUCUUUAAAAGGAAAAACAAAGAAAGGGGAGAUUUUUUUAAACUUCAUGAUCUGCCCUGAAAGCUGUGUAAAUGCAGCACCCUGGUUCUGAGGGUACAUCAGGGUCCUAUUGCCCCAAGACAUUCAUAAAUGGAGUGAAGUGCCCACAGAUCGGCUUUCUGCUCACUUGUCCAUCUGUUCCGUUCAGUGGGCCUGUUGUCACAGAUGAAGCUGUGAUGAUAGGGACAGGUUUCCUGCCACAACCAUCUUCCAUCAAGGAGAGGUGAGUGCACCUGGGAAAGGCUACAGGGCUGGAGACAACCUGUCUGCAUAGAAAUACCUCACCCUGUCCCAGCAUUUUCCCUCUUGAGCCUAGAGUUGCCAUGGUCCUGGUGCAGCGCAGAUGGUUUCAAAUUGAUCUCCAUGGACAAAAGCUGAUGUUGGAUAAAUAAUUGAAAAAUGUGCUCAACUUUUUCAUCUUUUCUAUUUUAUUUUUGUAAUUUAUAUUGUACACAACCCUGGAAGUAACUAUUUUAGACAUGUAUUUUUAUAAACCAGGUAAUUUAUUAUUAUCCUGGAGUUUGGGCUAGGUUCGUUUUGUUUAUUGGCUUAGUUUUCAGUCACAAAGGAAAUGACUGCCUCCUCUGUGUCGGGUCCUGAUUUCAAGUGCAAGUUCCAGAGAGCAGACAGAGUCCUAACAGAAUAUGAGAGCAGUUUAGAAACACUGCUCAAGAGGUGACUCAGCUUUGGUCAUGGAGAAGACAGGAAACAGGGCUUAGCUGAUGUUCAGAGCCCAGGGCUAGAAGGAGAAAGCCCUCUGCAGGACUCCUGGCUGAUACCCAGAAGCGGUAGUUGAGACACUGAAUGGGUUCUGGUUUAAGCAGGAUUUAAUGCUUUGUAUAUCAUGAUAACUGUGGAUGAGUUUGUCUGGUUGAUUUACAAUAACUUCUCCAGUAUUUCAUACUGGUAGUAAAUCCAGGCGUGGCCUAUCAGAUUACAUAUCUCAAAAGUAACAUUGCCUAAGUUUUUAUAAUAAAAUAUAUUAUGUGUGUUUUGAUUGGUGAAAAUAAUACAGACUACAUUUUAAAAGAGAAAUGUAUAGCAUGUCCAAUUUUUGCGUGUUUUUAAGUGACACUUGACUGUAUGUUUUUACAUCACCGUCUCUGAUUACAGUUGUAAGAUGAACACUGGUAGAUGUUGGAGUGUCGUGUUUUGAAUCAACAUUAGCAAGUGUCUUAGUUAUCUAGUGCUGCUAUAACAGAUACACCACGAGUGGAUGGCUUUAACAAA